GUUAAUGUGCACGUGUAUCGCGCAUACUUAACCUAUAUUCGACAACAUAACCUGCGAACGUAUUCUCGUUUACUAUCCCUUGAAUCCAUACAUUUUAACAUUCCAGAUUAUUCUUCUCAGUAAUUUAUAUUAUAUUCUACAAACAAUACAGUUAUGGCAAAAGUUUUACGAAAACGAGUUAAAGCAAGGAAACACGCGAGAGAAGAAUUAGAACUACUCGAUAAAUCGCAAUUAAUUGAUAGAAUAUUGCAACUGGAAGCUCACAACGAGCAGCUCAAAGUAUUGAUCACGAGAACUGCAGAUUCUAAAUUGAACAAAAACACGCCUGAGCGCGUAAAAAAGCCUUUCAAUUUUUCACGAUCUCACAAAAGACACAUUCUCUUGAAAUUAUAUUAUCUUGGUUGGGAUUAUCAUGGGUUUACUGUACAAGAGGAUAAUAAUGAUACUAUCGAGCACCACUUAUUCGCAGCUUUAUUAAAAAGUUGUUGCAUAGAGUCCCGUGAAAGCGCCAACUAUCACCGAUGUGGACGAACCGACAAGGGCGUUAGCUCAUUUUCACAAGUGAUCUCAUUGGACAUACGCAGUAGAUUGGAGCCGGAGAAUCAGGGUAACUUGUUAGAUGAGUUACCUUACUGUAAAAUAUUAAACCGAUUGCUGCCUACAAAUAUAAGAUGUACAGCGUGGUGUCCGGUCCCUCCAAAUUUCUCCGCAAGAUUUGAUUGCAGCUACAGAAGGUACAAAUAUUUCUUUCCAAGGGGCAAUCUAAAUAUAGAUGCCAUGGACAAAGCCGUGAAGUAUGCCAUAGGAGACUACGACUUUCGUAACAUUUGUAAAAUGGAUGUAGCGAAUGGUAUAGUCAACUUCAAGAGAACCAUUAUCGAUGCAAAGGUGUCCAUAAGUACGCAGAGCGCAGCAAAGUGCACAGGUUACGAUAUGUGCAAAUUGGAAAUCACGAGUCAAGCCUUCCUCUGGCAUCAAAUACGUUGCCUAAUGGGCAUUUUGUUGUUGGUCGGCCAGGGAAAAGAGGAGCCCGAGAUAAUUCUGAAACUUCUGGACAUCGAGACCUGUCCACAAAAGCCGCAAUAUAAUAUGGCACACGAGGUCCCUUUGAAUCUCUGGUAUUGCGAUUAUAAAGAUGCACAGUGGUUUGUCGAUAAAACUGAGCUGACAAACAUCAUCAAGACGUUACAACAAGACUGGGCGCUUAAUGCUAUAAAAUCUACAAUGACUAAAAAUAUGUUGAUGGAAUUGGAAAGUAUGGUCGAUUGUGUAAACACCGAUUUUCAAAGUAAUUGUCUACUUCUAGGAGUACAAUCGAAAGUAUAUCAGCCACUAAUGAAACGAGAAAUGUGUGAGAGUUUGGAAAAUAAGAUCAAACAUUACGAAAAGAAACGGAAACUCGAGAUCACACAUUCCGAUGUUACGUAGCAUACGCCUAUGCUAAUCACAGGAUUUCCAAUGUAUUAUACAUGUACUAAUAUUCUUUUUUAAAUAUACGUGUUUCUUGUAAAUAAAUAUUACAAAUAUAUGGCGCCUUAAGUUAAUGUACGGA